AUGUUCAGUUCACCGACAUUAUCUCGUUAUAAUAAACAACAAUCGAGCAUUGACUUGAUGUCGACAAAGCGUCUUCUCGACGAAAAAUGUCAAACAAUUGAACAAUUGAAAACGAUUAUCGACGAAUUGAAACUUCGACAUGAAAGAAAAGAACGCGAAUUACUCAAACGUAUUGGCAUAUUAUAUAAUGAUUUACAACAGAAUAAAAAGAAGAUGGCACACUUGAUCUACAAGCAUCAACAACACAGAAAGGCUAACGACGAAACUAAAGCAUUUCAAAAUCUUUCUACUCAAACAGAUGAAAAUCAUUUUGCAACAAUCUGUUCCAAUUGUUCACGCAAUGAUAACACCAUUGAACAAUGUUUUAGUCAAUUACAAGUACAUGAAUCAAAUCAAAAUCAAGAACAGCAACCUAAAUAUUAUACACUUCAAUCUGAACAAGAUCCAGAAUACAUAUCUGCUACACCUCAAGCAACUUUGAAUCAAUCUUUAUCAUCACCUGCUCUCUCGACAACCGAUCGAUCAUCUACAAAAUCAUCUUGUUCCCAUCAUCACUGUUCGACAUCAUCGACAAAGCAUAAUGAAAGUAGCUCAAGUGCUUAUAACACUGCUGAAAGCUUACCUAGUAGUACAUAUUCCGAUGAGAUUGAAUCGCUCGAACGUGUUUUGAAUGCUGCUUGUACAAUGUACACAACACAUGAUAAUCUCGAACAUACGAUUAAGUUGCAAGAAGAAUUGUUUCGACAACGUUUACGUCUACGCGGUAUUACUGUUGAUGAAAAGCUUAAUGAAUCGUCUUCGACAUCGUCGAGUGAACAUUUGUAUGAUAAUAUUGAUGACGAACCAAGUGAUCGAGAGAAACAUGCAACUCAAGCGCAUCGAAUCCGUCCAACAUCAUCACAGCGAAAGAAAUCCAAACAAAAUUUGAUCUUAAGUACAGAUGACGAUGAACAACAGGAGAAAAUCAAAUUAUCGAAAUCAAAUAAAGUUCGCUUUUCUGAUCCAUAUCAUCAUUCAAUCGGAAAACGUAAAAGUCUCAAAUCCACUUCGAAAAUCAGUACAACACCUAACCGAAAAUAUCAUUCAACAAUACCGACGAAUAAGAAAUUCUCUUUACCCUUAUCAUCCAAUAUGUUAACUGUGACUAUCACUUAA